UAUAUAUUUUUAAACUUGCUUAAACAGAAACCUCUUUUCCCAUCUUCUUUCACUUUAUUGCUGGAUGUCAGCAAAAAGAUCAAACUCACAAAUAUUACACCACUUUGGUCGUGUCUUUGCUAGACUGACUGUUAAAGAUUCAUCAACACCUGAUUUAUUUAAAUCAAACUCGUCUCCUUCAACCCAUCAUAUGCCAUCCGACCCCUUAGCAUCACAUCUUUUUCAAACCGCCAACAACCAUCUUUUUGGUACCAACGGCUUUGCGAAAGAUCCCAAAGUUGCCGUCACCUAUUUACGACAGGCCGCCUCUCAGGGGCAUGCCCAAGCAGAGGGAGUGUUGGGUUUUUGCUAUGAAUUCGGCCUCGGCAACAUCGCAACUGAUUUCCGCCAAGCAGAAGCUCUGUACAUAAGAGCUGCAAGAAAGAGUGAUGGCUUGGCGAUGGCUCGCUUAGCCUUUUUACGAAAAUACGGCCGUCCAGGUGUCAAAAUAGAUCGAGGAGAAGCUGAACUAUGGACUGAGCGACUCUGCAACCUUGGCGUGGAAUCCAUUCAGUGGAUUCGAGAAGCAGCAUCGCAACAUAACUGCCCUGAAGCACAAUAUGUUCUUGGUGUAUGUUACCACGACGGAGUUGGUCCCAAAGCCAACGAGGCUGAAGCUUUUCGAUGGUACAAGACCAGCGCUGAACAAGGCAAUGCUCGCGGUCAAGGUAUCCUUGGCUACUGCUACGGAGAGGGCUAUGGAGUGAAAAAAGACGACGUUGAAGCCAUCCGCUGGUACCGGCUUGCAGCUGACCAAGGCGAAACCGUCGCGAUCUACAACUUGGGCUACUGUUACGAAGAUGGAAUCGGAGUUGAAAGAAAUGUCACGGAAGCGGUCAAAUGGUACAAACUUGCUGCCGAACAAGGCAAUGCCUUUGCUCAAAACUCCUUAGGUUACUGUUAUGAAGACGGUAUUGGCAUCAAUAGAGAUAGCCAAAAAGCUGCUACAUGGUAUCAGAAGAGUGCCGAUCAAGGUUACCCCUGGGCUCAAUGCAAUCUAGGUUUCUGUUAUCAAAAUGGCAUUGGUGUCGAAAAGAAUGAACGUCUAGGAGCCUAUUGGUAUCGACAAGCUGCCAAUCAAGGUCAUGCACGAGCUCAACACAAUCUUGGAUUCUGCUAUCAAAAUGGCAUUGGCGUGCCUAAAUCUGCCACCGAUGCUGUUCAUUGGUAUACCAAGUCUGCUGAAAGAGGCAACAGUUUCGCAUACCAUUCUUUAGGCUACUGCUAUCAGAAUGGUGUUGGUGUACCUGUUGAUGGUAAGAGAGCCGUUUAUUGGUACUAUUUGAGUGCCAAAGAAGAUCAUGCGCCAGCUCAGCUCUCUCUCGGAUAUUGCUACCGUAAUGGCAUCGGCGUUGAAAAGAAUGAAACAGAAGCCUUCAAAUGGUUUUACAAGUCCGCAGCACAAGGCAAUGCCCUGGCUCAGAAUUCCCUUGGGUUCUGCUACGAAGAAGGCAUUGGAACCAAGAAAGCCCCAAAGUUAGCAGUGAGCUGGUACAGCAAGUCUGCAAAGCAAGGCAACUCAUGGGCACAAUGCAAUCUUGGCUUCUGCUAUGCAAAUGGUAUCGGUGUCAACAAGAAUUAUCAAAAGGCUGUCUUCUGGUAUCAACAAGCCGCUGCUCAAAACCACGCUCGCGCCAUGGAUAAGCUUGGCAUGCAUCUUCAAAGCGGCCAAGGCAUUGAACAGGACGUUAAACUUGCUUUCGAAAUGUUUAAGCGUUCAGCUUCCCUUCAACAUGUUGCAGCCCAAUUCCACCUCGCUAAUUGUUUUGAAAACGGCUUGGGUUGCGAUGUCGAUCUGGCUGAAGCAACCAUGUGGUAUGAACGCGCAGCUUUGGCCGGUUGUAGAACUUCUCAUGAACGUCUCCGUAGACUCUUAAUGAGAGCUUGUCUGGAUUCCGCAGGCGGCACCGGCAAUGACGAAGAUAGUCCUCUCGGCGAAGGUGCAUACUACUCCACCUUUGCUUAUGGCCAUUGUGCACCAGCAGCAUAAAAACCCCAUUCACUCUCAUCGCUCUUCAUAACCCUACAUCCCAAAUAUACCCGUACUCCUCCCCCCCAGCCAUAGUUUGAACUUCCGUAAUUAACCUAUAUUCCUUUCCUUUCCUUUCGUUUUUCUUUCCAAACCUGUAUAUCUGUCUACGUUCGCUUUCUGUGUCAAGUACAAAUUAGAUCUUCGUAUUCUCAUU